GGGGAAUCCCAUUGGCAGCGCUAAAAGUUUUAUUUAAUGCUGGGUGCUUAUGCCGAAGGUUGUAGCAUGCACUUGUUUCGUCAAAAAACCUGUCGUAGAUGAUUAGCCCUCACGAGUACAUCUACAACGCAGUAGCGAAGAUAUAGUUCAGUCCGAACCCUCUGAAAUCUCAGCGAGAACAGUAUUCUUCGGACAAUGUCUUCGUUAAUUUGGGCCCAAGCUGUGCGGAUACUUGGGCCGGAGAGAGCAUAUCGCCGAUGUAGGCGGUGGAUCUUCAUCACAGCUUCUGAAAGACUCCUGCUUUACGUGCAGUUCCAGUUGUUGCACACCUUCACACCGGCUGAUACGCCGAUCGAAGUAUGGAUGAUACUUCACCAAGACAUCCUUGGAAGUGGAUCCCUUGGAAUUGCCGAGAAGCUAGGGAUCGUCGGCGGGAUGAAGCAUAAAAUGACACUCAAUAACACAUUUCUGCUCCCAGAGGUUACAAUCUCUGCGAGCACAGAGAUCAACCAGGCGGAGGAGGAGAUCGUUGUUCCAUUACAGCGGAAGUACACUGGUGCAAAGCCUGUGAUAUCGGCCUCUCUCGCUAACACACCCUGUACCACCCUCGGCACUCGGGGUCUCCUGGAGCGACUAAAUACCACCCUCGGAACAUCACACUCCCUAGAAACCCCAUCCCUCUCCUCCGUUCUUGAAGUGUGCAUCUGGAAGAAUUAUGACUUUGGCACCGCGUACAGCUGUCUCCGUAGGGUAUGGUACACUGAUGAUUGGAGUAUCAUCCCAGGAGAGCUACGCAAAUGUGACAGGAAGGACCGCAAGAUGCGACGAAACGCACUGGAUGGAAACUGUGUUGUGGAACCUAACACAUGCCCUCGGCGUGCCUGGGAUCUGUACAAAUAUCCAGACCCGAUAUCACAUGCUUGGGUGGGCGAUGGGGAUCGCGUGGAUGUGUGGACGCCCAUCAACGGACACGAAUGGCCCGUGCCCAUCCCAAGGGGAACGAACCUCAACCUAAUCCGCAUUGAGAUGCUGAAUCUGGGCCGGGAGUAUGUGUGGUUAGAUGUCCUCUGUUUGAGGCAGAAAGGGGGGCUGAGGGAGUAUUUGCGUGCAGAGGAGUGGAAGCUGGAUGUGCCUACCAUCGGACAGACAUAUGGGGAUGUGGACGUGUUCUGUUAUCUGAGUGGGCUGGGGCGCCCACUGAGUGUGAUGGAAGGUUACUUUGACAAUGAUCGCAGUUGGUUUAAUCGCGCGUGGACACUGCAGGAAGUCGGCUACGGGAGGACAAUCUGCGGAGUUACGCCGGAUGGGCCACUGAAUGCGAAGCCGGACAAGAACGGUAACUACGAGACCGAAACUCUGACGACAUUUCGCCAGCAGAUACGGGACAUGAGGCAAAUUUUGCACGAAAUAUUCGAAAUGCUGGAGGAGAUGCGGUGUCAGGUGUCAACAAACCCAGUGGAUAAAAUUGCGGGGAUGGCAUUCCUUCUGGGGCCCUACACGAUACCGGCAUACUAUGAGCACCAGUCUCCUGGGGAUGCAUGGACAGCCUUGGUGAAUACAAUCAUGUCCAUCAAACGAGGGUUUCUGUUCUUCCAGUAUCCUGAACCAGGAGAUGCAGGCACAAAAUGGCGACCAUCGUGGGACCAGGUCAUGACAAAGCCAUUGCCAAGGGAUGAGCACUAUUUUACAGCUAUUCAUCGGAAAGGGAAGGAUGAUGAAUGUGAGGCAGCGCUCUGCAUUGAAAAAGGGUUCGUGCAGGGGCUGGCUGUGGAAGGUGUGCCAGGAGCUGAUCGACAUGGGAGGUUGCAUGUUGAAGACAUGUAUGGGACAAAGCGUGUAUUCAACAUCAUUGCAAGGCACCAGUACCCUAUACCUGAAGACAUGUACACGCUGAUCGGAUCUGAGGAAUCUAUGAAUUAUUCAUCACACUGUUGGAAAGGAUGGGUGGUUGGGCGAAGACUGUCAGACGACAGAUUUGAGAAAGUUUCGGUUUUCCAAAUGGUAGAUGAUAUGACAGAAGAUAUGAUCAAUAACUUGGCGGAGAAAAGUGCGUCAAUAUUCUGGUUUAAUUCCACAUACAAUCAAAGACAGUCAUCUGUGUAUAUUGGCGAUACUCGAAGCCUGGUCUUUGGAGUGUUGAUGCAAUACAACUUCCGCAAUGUAGAGAUCAAUCCACCACACAACCUUCAAUUUGCGGGGUCUCAUCAUUCUGAUGAGUCAGUUGAUAAUAAUGUCAUCGAAUCCAAGUUUCGCCGAAAACUCCUGGAACUUGGAACGACAUAUGUUACAACUCUAGGCGUUAUGGCUUAUGGUUAAACCUCGAUGUGCUUCCUUUGCCAAACUCGGACUCGAAACGGCGGCUCUCCUACGAGUUGUUCAGCGUUUUUUCUUCAGCAAAACGAGAUCUGCUCAGAAGGGUGAAUCAGCAUUUCGCAGGAACAAGAGGACCAAUGAACAUUUAAUCAGAGAAGUGUUGUGCUGGAGAGAACGGUGGCAAAGAGCUCGUCUUUGUAGGUCAGUAGCGAGUUAACCAAGGCACGGAUAAGUUUUUUCGCAGAAGAUCACCGUCCUCGAGCCUUGGUUAAGCUGCCCGGAAAUUCUUGGUUGGAGUCCAGCGAGUGUAAGCCGGCUUGACGUGAGUGGCAUGCAAGCAGCGAGAUGGUCAGAGGGUGUAUUCAUUGACAGUAAAAGGAAGAGGUGAACGUAGCUUGGUAGUCGUCUAGUCCAAGGGAAAUCC